AUGGCGGAAAAGGCAGUCACCAUCCGGACCCGGAAAUUCAUGACCAACAGACUUCUCGCCAGGAAGCAGUUCGUUAUUGAUGUUCUUCACCCUGGGAGAGCAAAUGUUUCAAAGGCUGAGCUGAAGGAGAAGCUAGCGAGGAUGUACGAGGUCAAAGACCCAAACGCAAUAUUUGUUUUCAAAUUCAGAACCCACUUUGGAGGUGGUAAAUCUUCUGGUUUUGGUUUGAUCUACGACACUGUCGAGAAUGCCAAGAAAUUCGAACCCAAAUACAGACUCAUCAGGAAUGGACUUGACACCAAGGUUGAGAAAUCAAGGAAACAAAUUAAGGAAAGGAAGAACAGAGCCAAGAAGAUCCGUGGUGUUAAGAAGACAAAGGCUGGUGAUCCCAAGAAGAAGUAA